AUGAAAUCAGAAUCAUAUACGAUUGAGAAACAUGACUUAAUAGAUGAUAAUAAUAUUUGUACGAAUGAUCCUCUUAUUGAACCAUUAAUUGAUACAGAUGAAUUUAAAUCAAUAAAUGAUAAUGAUGAAAUAAUUAAUAGCUAUGAACGAAAAUAUACAUCGCUUACUACACUUCAUUCACAUAAAGAAAUUCAAACAAAAUCAACAUGUUCUCAAAUAAUUACUCGAUGUACUGGAAUAUUUUAUGCACUUUUUGCUUCAUUUCUUUUUACAUGUUCAGGUUUUAUAAUCAAACAAUUACGUGUUGAUUUUUUCGAUGCACUCUUUGGUCGAUUUACUGUACAAUCAUUUAUUUUACUAACGUUUACAUUGUGUAAAACAAAAAAAUUUAUCCAUGGUUCAACUAAAUUAAUUAUCCUACAAAUUAUUCGUGCUAUUUUAGCAGCCAGUGGUUUAAUUUUAUUUUUUGGUAGUUAUCGUUAUAUACCUCUACCAGAUCUAACAACAUGUCGUUAUACACAAGUAGUUUGGACAGCAAUUUUAGCAAUGAUUAUUUUUCAUGAACGUAUAUCAAUAUCAACACUUGUAGCUAUUAUAUUUACACUAACAGGUGUAACAUUAGUUGCACAACCAACAUUCUUAUUUAAUCAUAAUAAUCAUCAAAUCUUAUCAAAUCAAAGUAAAGUAAUAUUGAAUAAAACAGAUGUUAUUGAUUAUGAAUCUGAUAAAUCUUAUCGUUUACUUGGCCUUUGUCUUGCACUUGGAUGUGCUCUAUCAAUAUCAGGUAGUAUGGUAAUUAAUAAAAAAUUAUUAAUGUCAAAAAUUCCUCAAAGUAUAAUAAUGUUAGAAUUUUCUCUCUUAACAUUAACUUUACUUAUUCUUAAUCAUAUAUAUAAUCGUUUUAUUUUACAUAAAUAUGAUAAUCAAACAAUGUUUACAUGGCAAUUUUUUCUUGCUGCAUUUGUUUCAUUAAUACAAGUCUUAUCAUCAACAAUAACACAAAAAGCAAUUAAACUUGAACAUCCAUCGAUUAUUUCUGUUGCUCAAUCAUCAGAUAUUCUAUUUGCAAUUGUAUUACAAAAUCUAUUUUCGAAAGUUAAAUCAAAUUGGUUCGUUUUAAUUGGUUCAUUUUUAGUUACAACAAGUAUUUUCCUCGUUGGACUUGAAAAAUUUUCGAAAGAUCGUAAAAAAUUACCGAAUAAUAAUCAAUCGAAUACAAAAUUAUAA